AUGAACGGUACCAGUAUUGCAGUGCCGCCAUCUCUCGAUGCAGACCACCUAAACCUCCUAUUCUCCCACCCGUCCACAGUCACCUCCGUCAGUCGCGUGUCCGACAAGAUCCAGUCUCAUAAGGAUGAUCUUUCCUAUGAGAUCUCCUCCCUCGAGGCCGCCCAGGCCUACGGGCCCGACUCGUCGCUCGAGCGGAUGCAGUCCGCUCAACAAGAGCUGGCCUCCCUGUUCCGGCGCAUCGAGAACGUCCGCAGCCGCGCCCUGCAGACGGAGCGCGACAUCACCACCAUGACCGCCGACAUCAAGCGGCUCGACGGCACCAAGCGCAACCUGACGCUGUCCAUGACCGCACUCAAGCGCCUUCAGAUGCUGACCACCGCCUACGAGCAGCUGCGUGGCCUGGCGCGGACACGGCAGUAUCGCGAGUGCGCCGGUCUGCUGCAGGCCGUGCUGCAGCUCAUGCGUCACUUCAACAGCUACCGGAGCAUAGAGCAAAUUGCCGUCCUGAGUCGCAAUGUGGCAGAUCUACAGCGCGAGCUGCUGGAGCAGGUGUGCGAGGACUUUGAGAUGGCAUUUGCCAAGAGCGAGGUCGGUUUAAGACGGAAUAUGCUGAUUGAGGCUUGCCUGGUGAUGGAUGCUCUGGGAGACAGUGCUCGGUCGAGAUUGGUGACGUGGUAUGUCAACACGGAGCUGAGGGAGUACCGGCAAGUGUUCCGGGGCAAUGACGAGGCUGGUAGCCUGGAUAACAUCGGGAGACGAUAUGCGUGGUUCAAGCGGAUGUUGAAAACGCACGAGGACGAGCACAUCAUGAUAUUUCCCCCACAUUGGAGGGUGAAUGAGAUGCUGGCCAUGGCGUUUUGCGAUGGUACGAGAGAAGAUUUCAAGGGCAUCUUGGAGAAGAGUAUGCGACGAGCGGACGGCAAUAAGAUCGAUGUGAACUUACUUCUGAGCUGCCUCCAGGAGACCAUGGACUUUGAGCAGGGCCUCGAAAAGCGAUUCACAAGCGAGUUGCCGCGGGCGAGCAUUGACACGCUCAGCUCAGCAGAUGACCGAACUCAGAACUUCAACGGCUCCAUUUCUGUUGCGUUCGAGCCGUAUUUAAGCCUCUGGGUUGAAUCCCAGGAUAAGGCUUUGGCUACAAUGAUACCAAAGUAUAAGAAUCAACCUUUGCUCGCCGAAGAUGAAGAGUUCUCCUCACAGGCUGUCAUACCAUCAGCCAUAGAACUAUUCCACUUCUAUAAGAUUACGCUCUCGCAGUGUGCGAAACUAUCUACCGGAGAGCGACUGCUUGAUCUAGCCAAGACUUUGGCGAAGUACUUGGACGAGUACGCUCAGCAAGUCUUGCUUGGAUUUCUGCAGAAAGGCGGUCAACCCGGUCCUCCUGUGCAGGAUAUAAUAUUAGUGCUGAAUACUGCCGAUUUUUGGCAUAUCAACACCACGCAACUUGAAGAAAAUAUCAAGAAAAGAAUCGAUGCUGAACUAGCAUCCAAAGUCGACCUAUCGUCUCAGGCUGAUGCCUUCCUGGGCGUUGCAAGUGCCGCCGUAUUAGCUGCCGUUCACAAGGUGGAAGUUGACUGCGAGGGGGCAUGGAGAGAAAUGAGGAACACCAACUGGAGCAGGAUGGAGAGCGUCACCGAUCACAGCUCGUAUGUGAGCGAAGUGCUGAAGCAUGUCAACGGGAGAACGGAGGAGAUCCUACCCCUUAUUGUCAAGCAACAAUAUGCCAGAGCAUUCUGCGACAACCUUGUAGAGCAUAUGGCCACAGCCUAUAUCAACAACGUAGUACAAUGUCGUCCCAUUUCCGAGGGCGGUGCUGAACAGAUGCUGCUUGACAAGUAUACUCUCACAAAGGACUUUGAAAAGCUCCUUUCAUAUCACAACCCUUCUACCUCAGAACCACAUAAUCCACCAGCUGGUUUCCUCAAACGUGUAAAUCAUAGCAUGACGAGGGUUGACCCGCUAUUGAAGACACUGCAAGUGCGGCCAUCACCGCCCGAAGGUCUAGUCCAGGCCUACUUGAUUCAUAUCGGAGAUCGCUCUGAUACAAAUUUCAAGAAGAUUCUUGAACUCAAGGGCAUUCGUAAGCAAGACCAGAACCAUCUUCUGGAGCUGUUUGCUAUCCAUCGUGACGGAGCCGGUAAUGACAAGCAGCUUGUACAAAACUCACCGCUUCUGACACCGCUCAUGUCGACUGCUGGUUUGGGCAGCACGGGGCUUGGAAUAAGCAACCCAGCAGGAGCACUCGCCGGGGCUACGGGAGUUGCGGGGCAGACCAGGUUUGACCCAGCUUCUCUUGGCGAGAAGCUGCUCAGCGCAGCUCGUGAUGGGGUCGACAGGCUUGGGACCGGAGCGGGUGCAGGCGCUGCGGCCGGACCAGGGGCCACUCCUGCGCAGAAUGCUACCAUCAAUGAGAACCUCAAGAACUUUGGCAAGUUCUUCCGCAGGGAUAUUGGUGGGCUGGGAGCAAGGUUCGGGAAGCGAGACGUUACACCUACAGGUAUCGAUGAAAGUCAACGUUGA